AUGUGAGUUUCAGAAACGCCAUUGUUUAGUGAGUUUCAUACGGAGUGAAAAUUUCCAUUUUCGCAGAUUAAUUGAUGCGUUGGUUUUAGAGAAAAGUGCAUAAAUCUAUCAAUUGGACUUCGCAGAGAAGAAAUUCAAUGAAAUAUUAUGUCAUUUUCAAAGUAAUUGCACAAGUUUUUCUUACAAGGAAAGGUAAGUUGUGAGUGUGGAAAGUGCCACUAUGGCUGAGGUGUCCGGAACGAGUUCAAUGGGUCAGACUGCGGGAGGUGUCUUGACGUCCGGAACACUCGGGAAUACUUCAGUGCCUCCGCCACCGUUACCCCACUCGAAUAGUCAGCAGCAGCAGCAACAACAACAGCAACAGCAGCAGAAUCAGGCGUGGCAAAUGUACAACUUCAGCAACAUGUACAAUACCGCGGGCUUCAGUCCACAGUAUGCGCAAUACUACAACGCCUACUAUCAGCACAUUCAGCACUACAUGAACUACCAGCAGCCCAAUAAACCCGCUGGUCAGAUGACACAGUCAAACGCCCCGCCUGGAUUUGGCAAUGUGGCGAUUUCGAAUCAGGAGCAUUCGACUGAGAAUCCGCCACUGCCAGCGGGGCCACCGCCGCCGACGGUGUCCAACUUCGGCAGUCCACGGGCGCCGUACUACAACGGCAGCCAGCAGGCGCAGCAGCAAGGACAGCAGUCCAAAUUCGGUCCCAUUCGCUUCCACAUCAAUCGCCCCACGAAGCAGAAUGUCUUUCACAAUCACUUGGCGAACAUGGGCCAGAAGCCCGGCCAGCAGCAGCCUCAGCAGCAGUUCCCCAACGGGCAGAAGAAGAAGAGGAAGAAGAACAAGAACAAGCAGCAGCAGCAGGCAUUUGGCGGCAAUGAUACUUCUCCGGCACAGCCAAUUCCUCCACCGCCGCCCACGAUCACGCCCGACCUGACCAAACCUCCGCCACCUUUGCCUCCGGCAGUGCCAAAGGCGCCGAGUCCGCCUCCGGUGAAUUUCCCGAAGAAGACCCCCGCGGCCCCACCGAACCCAUUCAACAAUCCGACAGAUGCGUGGCCCGAAAGUCUGAACAACUACGUGACGCGUUGCUAUGCUAAGUGCAAGACGGACUUUGACAAGGACCAAAUUGGGAUUUGUCUGAAGGGACGGAUCACGGCGGCGGCGAACAAGGGUGAGCUGUGGACCAAGGAUUGGGACAAUGAGCCCAUACCGAGUGUGCAUAGUGAGAGGAAUACGAUGCUGGUGCAGAGGCCGCCGGUUGCGGGUCUCCUGACGCAAUACCAGAAGUCUGGUGGUGUGUCGGGAAGCUCGUCAGUGAAGAAGGGAAUCUCGCAGAGUCUCGGCGCGCGUCUGGGCUCGAAGUCUGGCCACGGGAGCAGCCGAGUGAGUCGAUCGCGUUCGAAGUCACCGGGGCGCCAUGGCCUGAAGCGUCGAUCGCGUAGCUCUUCGGUGAGUCCGCGGCGGAAGCGUCGCAGCACGAGCUCGAGCAGUAAUGCGUCGUCGUCGUACCGGGGAAAGGGGGGUGGCAAGGCGUCAAAGUUCUCCAUGGGUGCCAAGAGCAAGAGGACGAAGAAGGGUGGAUCGCCGUCCACGAAGAAGGUGCCCUUUUACUCUGCAAAUGGCGUUAUUGGGGGUGCCGUUGAGGGGAGUGCCGAGAGGCUGCAGCAGCGCGCGGCGAGAUUCAAUAAGCCCAGCGUGCAGUCGAGCGUGGUGAGUGUCGCGAUGAAUCCCUUCAACAAGCGCAAGAAGCUUCAGAUGCCGUCCGUCAGUCGGCCAUUCGUGGACGAUGCAGACGAUAGGGAAGGUCACUUUGACUUGUCGGACAUUCACAUCGUCGGAACAUGCAGAGAUGUGGAGAAAUCCUUUUUGCGACUUACUAAAGCGCCAGCGUCCAAUGAAGUGAGGCCUGUGGAUGUUCUGAAGAUCUCUCUGACCAACGUGAAGGCAAGAUGGGUGGAGAAGCAAGACUAUUACUAUGCGUGUGAUCAACUGAAGUCUAUUCGCCAGGAUUUGACGGUUCAAGGUAUUCGUGAUGGUUUCACAGUGGAGGUUUACGAGACACACGCUAGAAUAGCAAUGGAAAAGGGGGAUCAUGAGGAGUUUAAUCAGUGUCAGACACAAUUGAAGAUGCUUUAUGGUGAGGUUGGGGGAGAGAAUUGUUUAGAAUUCACCGCAUAUCGGAUACUCUACUAUAUCUUCACCAAAAAUACACUCGACUUGACCACAAUCCUAAAGUCUCUGACAGUGGCAAUGCGUGAAAAUGUAUCCGUAGCUCAUGCCUUAGAAUUAAGAACGGCAUGGGCUUUGGGUAACUAUUGCAAAUUUUUCCAAUUAUACAAGUCCGCUCCCCUUAUGGCUGGCUACCUAAUUGACUGGUUUGUCGAUAGGGAACGCAAGCUGGCACUUAAGAGUAUUGUCAAAGCAUAUCGGCCGAAUAUUCCUGUGGAAUUGGUAGCAAAAAUGCUGGCUUUCGACUCGGCGCAGAAGUGUGUGGAGUGGUUGGAGCCAAUAGAGAUCACCUUUGUCACUGCUGAUGGCGUGAAGGUGCAGAUCGACUGCAAGAACAGCAUGAAUAUUCUUGCGAAUGUGUAGAGAUGAUGAUGAUAAUGAUGAGGAGGUAUUCUGUUGGGGGAAGAUUGAGGAUUAAGAGGCGCGCGACUGAGGAUGCUGCCGGGCUGCGUCGACGUGGGAGUGGAACGGUGGAUGGAGGAGAGACAUAGUGUGAAGGACGGAUUGAACGAGUGCUAAAGACACUGAGAGACACGAUUAAGUGAGAGUGUUGGUUGUUGGCGUGGACUAAUUGGGAAGAAGAGAGACUAUAAUUAGUGAGUGCGAUAGCCUUCAGAACAUUGUGAGGGUCACUUAAAUUGAACUAUUUAAAA